AUGCGCUUGGAUGAUGCAUUGUGGGCUUAUCGAACGGCUUACAAAACUCCUUUUGGCAUGUCACCUUUUCGGCUUAUCUAUGGUAAGUCAUGCCAUCUGCCCGUGGAGCUUGAGCACAAGGCAUAUUGGGCGGUCAAGACCUUUAAGAUGGAUAUUGAUGCCGCUGGAGUACAUAGGAAGCUCCAAUUGAAUGAACUUGACGAGAUUAGGUAUGAAGCAUAUGAGAAUGCUCGGAUUUACAAGGAGAAGACCAAGGCUUUCCAUGACAAGAUGAUUCGUGGCAAAUCAUUCUCAAUUGGGCAGAAACUAUUACUCUUUAAUUCCCGCCUUCGGUUGUUUCCUGUCCAAAUCUAA